AUGACGAGCAUCCGCAAAGUCAUCAUCUCCCAAUAUGGCGACGUCGACGUGAUAAAAGUAGUCACCGAUGUCUGCCCACCACCACCGCCAGGCGAAAUCCAAAUCGCCACAGAAUACUCAGGCUUCUCCGGUGCCGACGUCAACAUGCGCAAGGGCAUCUACCCCUUCAUGAAGAAAGCGCCCCUAACCCCGGGCUACUGCCUUGUUGGCACCGUCCGCGCCCUAGGCGAAGGCUCCAAGAACUUUCAAAUCGGAGACGUCGUCGCCGUCCUGACGAAAUACGACUCCGAGGCGGAGCUGGUCAACCAGCCGGAGAAGUACUGCAUCCGCGUCCCUGAUGGCGUGGAUCACCGCCAGGCGACCGCCUUGAUCUGCGACUGGAACACCGCGUACGGCAUGGUGAUGCACUCGGCGCGGGUAUCCAAGGGCCAGCGGGUGUUUGUCCACGGGAUGAGCGGCGCCGUGGGGUACGCCCUCAUGAAGCUCGCGCAGCUGCAGGGCGCGACAGUCUACGGCACCGCGAGCCAGCGAAACCACAUUGACGUCCGCCGCGAGGGCGGGAUCCCCUUUGUCUACAGCGACAAGAACUGGAUGAAGGAGAUGAACGCCCUCGGGGGCGCGCAUGCCGUCUUUGAUCCUCUCGGCUUCGAGAGCUUUGACGAGAGCUACUCCAUCCUCGCCGAGGAUGGCACGCUCGUCGGGUUCGGGAAUAAUAAGGCUUCAUUGAAUGAGGGCGCGCCCCCACGGAACCCGACGGGUGCGCUGUUGAAGCUGUUUGCGAGGAACUUGAACUUGUUGACGAAGAGGAGCACGACUUUCUAUGCGUUGAACAGGGACUCUGCGACGUAUGUACCUAAUGUCACGGCGUUGUUGGAUAUGUUGAGGACGGGGACGAUUACAGUGCCGAUUAAGUGUGUUUGGGACAUGGAGGAUAUUCAGACUGCGCAUCGCCAGUGGGGUGGUGGGAGUGGCGUUGGAUCUUUGUUGAUCAAGGUGGCCAAGAAUUAG